AUCCCGACUGAGACCUUCAGUAAGGACCCCACCAGGAAGCAGUAUGUGUACCUGCAGGCUCAGUUCCCCGGACACAUGCUGGAGAAGGUGGUCCUGGUGUCAUUCCAGUCAGGGUACAUCUUCAUCCAGACUGACAAGACCAUCUACACCCCCAACAGCAAAGUCCACUACCGGGUGUUCGCGUUGACCCCCCGCAUGGAGCCCGUGGAGCGGGACCCCGACACUCAGACCGCGACUUCUGUUGCCAUCAACAUUGUGACCCCAGAGGACAUCGUUCUGCCAUUGGAAGAGGUCACGCUGGAGUCCGGGAUCAAGUCUGGAUCGUACCAACUCCCUGAGAUUGUCAG